UAAAAAGAUUUUUGUAGAGAUGGGUUCUCAUUAUGUUGCCCAGGCUGGUCUUGAACUCCUGGCCUCCAAAGGUGGGAUUUAUUCUAGCAGCUUCCCUGUGAUCUUCUCACAUCUACUGGUGGAGGGGGAAAGAAUAGUUCGAACAGCUCAGACAGAAAAUCUAGCAGGUGCAACAGUGGAGAAAAGGGCCAAGUACUUGUCCUAUUACUUCCAAUUUUUCUAGAUAGAUGAGCAGCAGGACUCCUCUCUUUAUAAAAAGAACUAUGAGUUUCCUGGCUCUAAUGAAGAGUGACCAGGCAUUCAGGAACUUAAAUGCCAAGAUACAUAUAACCAACGAAUUCUCCUAGAAUGUAUUGCUGAAAACGAAUUUUGCUCUUAUAGUUCAAAGACCUCAUUUAUAGUUAUACUUAAAACAGUGCAUAGGAAUCAAGCUGUAUCAGCCAAUUUUAUAUGAAAGAACUAUAGGUUGUAAGUAACUUAGAACAUAAUUUUAUAUCUAGAGGGGGUUAAAGGACACAGAAAAUAGAGACACAAGAGAUGGUCCAGCCUUACAGAAUGGAGUCUCUUGAAAACACUUACACACACACACACAAAAACAAAUAACAGGGUUUUUUUUGUUUUUUUGUUUUUUUGGUUUUUUUAGUUUUUUUUUUUUUUAGUUUUUUGGUUUUUUUUGGAAAUAGGCAAAAGUGUGGGGGAAAAGGGACAUAGGACAUUUUAUCUUACAAACACAUUGAUUGUUCUCUUUAUCUUUCUAUUUCAAGUUCUGCCAACACUCCUGGGCCCACUGAUUAAUCUAACAACUUGACCUCUCAGUCCCUAAGUCUUUACCUCUACUCCUGUUAUUCAGUCAUUAACGCCUUGGCUACAUAUUGUACUUUUCCCCACCAAGAAACUGUCAUAUGAUAUAAUAAUUUCAGCUAUCUCCCUGUGAGAGCACAAUUGUCUAUGCCUAUAACCUUCUCAUUCUGCUGUUCCUAUCAUGUCUUGUCUUUAACCUUAUCAGGAGCUCCAUUCCAUGAUGCUGAUACUACCUAUCAAAUGCUCCUGUUUUAAUUUCCUUCCUAACCAGUCAAUUUCCUGGCUUACCGUUCACAAUUACUCUCAUGCCCAUAUUCUCAAUUCCCUUGUUCAAUUUUCCUUCACUCAAACCACCUGAUGAAACUCCAGCCCAGAUGAAUAUAGUCCUCCUCCUCUCUUACACAUGGGGUGCUGCACUCUAUAAGACCAAACUUACAAAAUUAGCAAUACCGCUGCCACUAUAAAUGUAUAAUAUUCAAACCUAAUUGGGCUUCUGAGACCAAAAACUCCUUUUAUAAUUUUUCUAACGAGCUUUAUUUUCUAUUCUCCACAACAACUAUUUUAAACCUACUUAUCUUACUUUAAACUUCUUACCCUACCACUUGCAUACCCUGUUUUAUCAGAUGAACUUGCCUAAUACCUUAUUGAGAAAAUAGAAUCCAUCAGCUAGAAAUUCAUUUUCCUGUCCCCUACUCCACAGCUUUAACAGCAUCUGUAUCUAUAUUUUUCACCUGCUGAGGUCCCUCCCACUGGUCUAAAUCCAAUCCCUUCACACAUUGCCUGGAUCCCAUCUUUAACAACUUUUCUAGGGGACCUGCAUUAUCCCUUCUGUAUCUUAAUUUUCUCCUUCCCUACUGAACAUUACACAUUGGCAUUUUAAGUAUAUUCAAGUUUCUCUAGUCUUUAAAAUAUCCUCUGAGUGAAUUCUUCUCCAGAUACCAAUGUAUUUCUUAUUCCUUUUACAACCUUUGCAUUCUUUACAAAUUUCUUGAGAGCCUGGCUGCAGUGAGCCAGUGAGCCUGGGUGACAGAUAGAGACCCUGUCUCAAAAAAAAUUGUCGAAAGAGUGGUCUACUUCAUUUUUGCUUCCUCAUCCCUCUCACUUUGCACCAAAGUACAAUAUAAUUUUCAUCACAACCAUUCUACUGAAACUGCUGUUGCAAAGGUUAUCAAAGAUUUCCAUAUAAGUUAAGUAAGAUUAUACUGUGGAACCAACGUGAUGCAAUGAAACAGUGGCUUGUAAACAUGUCACUCUUUUUCACAUGACAGUACCAAUGUAAAAAUUAUUAGGUAGGUAAGGCAGCUUUGAUCCUCACAGUCCUUGCGAAAUGAAAUUUUCUUUCAAGUAAUUUCUUCAACAUUCCCUAUGGCAAUACAAUCUGCAUGGGUGUAGCUGGGUCACUGCCACAUCUGGGUCACUGCCACAUCUGGGUUCUAGCUCGCUUGGAAGAAAGAGGCAUAUUCAGAUGACUUUUGUUCUAUAACUGGAAGAGGCAGACAGAAAUUCUCACAAUCCAUCUGUGAGAACUUAAUUCACUUGGCCACACUCAAAUACAGGGGAGGCUGGGAUGCACAAUCUACCUUCGUGGCCACAUACCUGGGUACAGUUCUAUUACUAUAGAAGCAAGGGAAAACAGAUUUUGUCAGACAUCUAUCAGAAUCCUCCACAAUGACCAUCUUUUUAAGUCCAAUGGAUAAUUGUCAUGCUUAUUUUUCUUGACUUUUCUGAAGCAUUUGCAGCUGUCGAUCUUCCUCGUCUCCUUAAAAUGCUAUUUGCUUUUGAUUUCAUGAUUUUGAACUCUGAGCCUUCUUUAUAUUUUCAGAUAUGCUUCUUGCCCUGUCUCCUCUAAAUGAAGAUGUUUCUUAGACUUCUGUGCCAAGCCUCUUCUAUACUUAUUUGACACACUUCUGCUUGGUUAUCCUAGAGCAUUCAUGGUUUCAAUCACCACAUAUAUAUACACACAUAUAUACUGAUGAAUCCCAAAGUUCAUAUCGUCAGCUCAGGUUUAUUUCCUAUGCUUUGGUUAUAGGCAAACACACACACACACACACACACACACACACACACCACAAACACACAAACACACAUCCUACAGGCGCUUACCUCAAUAUCAGCAUGUUCAAAACUGACACUUCAUCUUUUUGCACCCCAAUCAUGUUUUUUUAGCAUUCCCUGUCCUAGCAAAUGACACCACUAGUCAUUGAGUUUUCCAGUCCGGAGGUGUGAUAUCAUCUCUGAGUCUUUCCCCUUUUUCUCCCCAUGCAACCUAUCAACCAACAGUUGAAAAUAUUUCAUCUCCUCAUACCUUUCUACUCAUCCCUCUUCUCUCUAUCCGCACUGGCAUUAUCCUCUUCCAGACUAUCAUCAUCUCUUAUCUGAUCUCCUUGAUUCUCCAGUCAUUCCCCCUGAAAUUAAUUCUCCAUACUUCAGCCAAACUGAUCUUUUAAAUGCAGAUGUGAUCAUGUUAAUCAGACAUUUAAAACCCAUCUUUGUACUUGAAUUACAUUUAGGAUAAAUGCAAGAACGCACGAUAUGACCUGUAUAAUGAUUCACAUUCUCACCCUGCUUUCAACCCUAAUUUCAUUAUUAGACCCUCCCUUUCCACAGUUUUUAAAGUCCAAGGCAUACUUCACUUCUCUGUGUUCCUCAAAAUGCCCAUCUGAAAUAUUCCUCCUUCUCCUGGCUAGUUCCUUCAGAUCACAAUGUAUUAUUCAUUACGUCAGGAAAGCUUUCACUGAUGUCCCAAGUCCUAUUUAGAUCUUAAUUAUUUUAUUUUUGACAGAUACUUAACCAGCACUUACAAACCACUUGGUAAAUAUUAAUUCACUAGAUGCCUAUGAUAAUAAUCAUGGGAGGCAAAUAUUAUUAUUACCCCAUUUUACAGGUGAGGAAACAAAGGUAUCUAUAACUUGCCCAAGCUUAUAGUGAGUCACAUUACCAGGAUUCUAAUAUUGAUAAUUUGGUUCCAGAUCCCAUAUUCCUAAGCACUAAAGUAUGCAGCCCAUAGGUACAAGAGGCCCUUUCUAGAUAUUUCUAUAUUACUUUUUAUAAAUGCAUACAUUAUGACAUACUUCAUUUACUUGUCUGCCAAUUUUUCUAGCUUGUGAGCUCCAUAAGAGCAAGGAUUAUCUCUAGCUUAUUUGUGCCAUGUCCUUCUUUGUAUUUUCAAAAUAUGAAAGUGAAAAAAGUAAUGACAUUACUAACUAUGAUUGACAACAAGUAUUUACAAGAGUGAAGGAGAGAAUAUAUUUGUAAUUACUCAAGAAAUGACUUAAAUAAAAAAUUAUUUCUUCAGUUCAGAAUAUUUUAACAGAUCCUGUAGUGUCAAGCAUUCAAAACAGUGAUAAUGCAGUGUAUAGACAUUUUCUGGAUUCAAAUUCAAACAAACCAUCAGCAAAGGACAUUUUGGAGAGAACUGGGGAAAACCAAAUGCAGGAUAAAUUACAUCGAGGAAUUAUUGCUCAAGUUGUUGAUUGUGAAUUAUUGCAAUUAUCUUUUAGGAUGCCUUAUCUAUUAGAAAUACUUAGUGAAGUAUUUAAAGGUAAAAAAAAAUGUUGUCUGGGAUUUGUUUUGAAUGUUCCGGAUGUAUUUAUGAUUUACUUUUUCAAAGAGGAAAACUUUUUAAUGAAAAAAAAAGAAAAACAUAGAGACACAUGGUGGCGCUACAGGAUAAGACGAAAACUGUACAUAGGCUGGCACAGUGAGCUUCGCUAUUCAGAACAGAAAGCAUCCAACCCACUGAAAAGACAGGCAUUAAAGGAGCUUUGCCUACAGAGCUGCUGGAGGAUACACUGUCCAGGGGGUUCCUAUUAAAAACCAGAGCUUCAGCUUCCAAAAUUAGGGCUGAGCUUCAAUUUUUCCACAAGAGGUUGCCUAAAGGAACCAUGGAGAUCAGAGGGUCACUUGAUCUACGAAAAAGGCAAGUUCUAAUAUUCCUUGUUUUGCUGGGAUUGUCUCGGGCAGAUACUGAAUCUGCACACUAUUCUGUGGCAGAGGAAACAGAAAUUGGCUCCUUUGUGGCUAAUCUAGCGAGGGACCUAGGGCUGGGGGUGGAGGAGCUGUCUUCACGUGAAGCCCGGGUAGUGUCUGAUGAUAAUAAAAAGUAUUUGCACCUUGAUUUGCUGACUGGGGAUUUGCUCCUAAAUGAGAAACUAGACCGAGAUGAGCUGUGUGGCUCCACCGAGCCCUGUGUGCUGCAUUUUCAGGUGGUUUUGGAAAAUCCUUUACAGUUUUUUCGGGUUGAGCUGCACGUCAAAGACAUAAAUGAUCACUCCCCUACAUUCCUAGACAAGGAAAUACUUAUUAAAAUAUCAGAAGGUACCACUAUUGGAACUACAUUCCUAAUGGAGAGUGCUCAAGAUUUGGAUGUCGGAAGCAACAGUCUCCAAAACUACACAAUUAGCCCCAAUUCUCACUUCUACAUUAAAAUUCCAGACAGUAGUGACAGAAAGAUAUACCCAGAGCUGGUCCUAGAUAGAGCUUUAGAUUAUGAACAGGAAGCUGAACUCAGAUUAACACUCACAGCACUGGAUGGUGGAUCCCCGCCCAAGUCUGGGACAACUUUGGUUCUCAUUAAGGUGUUGGACAUCAAUGAUAAUGCCCCUGAGUUUCCUCAGAGUCUCUAUGAGGUGCAAGUCCCCGAGGAUAGACCCAUUGGCUCCUGGAUUGUCACCAUCUCAGCUAAGGAUCUGGAUGCAGGAAACUAUGGGAAAAUAUCUUACACAUUUUUCCAUGCAUCAGAAGAUAUUCGUAAAACAUUUGAAAUUAAUCCAAUAUCUGGGGAAGUUAAUUUGAGAUCACCCCUGGAUUUUGAAGUGAUACAGUCCUACACUAUAAAUAUUCAGGCAACAGAUGGUGGGGGUCUUUCAGGAAAAUGCACCCUUCUAGUUAAAGUUAUGGAUAUAAACGACAAUCCACCAGAAGUGACCAUAUCGUCGAUUACAAAGAGAAUUCCAGAGAAUGCCUCAGAGACUCUAGUAGCUCUUUUUAGUGUAGUAGACCAAGACUCUGGAGACAAUGGGAGGAUGAUUUGCUCUAUUCAAGACAACCUCCCUUUUUUCCUGAAACCGACCUUCAAGAACUUUUUCACUCUAGUUUCUGAAAAAGCACUGGACAGAGAGAGCCAAGCAGAGUACAACAUCACGAUCACCGUCACAGACUUGGGGACCCCCAGGCUGAAAACCGAGUACAACAUAACCGUGCUGGUCUCCGACGUCAAUGACAACGCUCCCACCUUCACCAGAACCUCCUACACCCUGUUCGUCCGCGAGAACAACAGCCCCGCCCUGCACAUCGGCAGCGUCAGCGCCACAGACAGAGACUCAGGCACCAACGCCCAGGUCACCUACUCGCUGCUGCCGCCCCAGGACCCGCACCUGCCCCUUGCCUCCCUGGUCUCCAUCAACACAGACAACGGCCACCUGUUCGCCCUCCGAUCGCUGGACUACGAGGCCUUGCAGGAGUUCGAGUUCCGCGUGGGCGCCGCAGACCGCGGCUCCCCGGCGCUGAGCAGCGAGGCGCUAGUGCGCGUGCUGGUGCUGGACGCCAACGACAACUCGCCCUUCGUGCUGUACCCGCUGCAGAACGGCUCCGCUCCCUGCACCGAGCUGGUGCCCCGGGCGGCCGAGCCGGGCUACCUGGUGACCAAGGUGGUGGCGGUGGACGGCGACUCGGGCCAGAACGCCUGGCUGUCGUACCAGCUACUCAAGGCCACGGAGCCCGGGCUGUUCGGCAUGUGGGCGCACAAUGGCGAGGUGCGCACCGCCAGGCUGCUGAGCGAACGUGAGGCGGCCAAGCAUAGGCUGGUGGUGCUGGUCAAGGACAAUGGCGAGCCUCCGCGCUCGGCCACCGCCACGCUGCACGUGCUACUGGUGGAUGGCUUCUCGCAGCCCUACUUGCCUCUCCCUGAGGCGGUCCCCGCCCAGGCCCAGGCCUACUCGCUCACCGUCUACCUGGUAGUGGCGUUGGCCUCAGUGUCGUCGCUGUUCCUCUUGUCGGUGCUCCUGUUCGUGGCGGUGCGGCUGUUCAGGAGGAGCAGGGCUGCCUCGGUGGGUCGCUGCUCGGUGCCCGAGGGCCCCUUUCCAGGACAUCUGGUGGACGUGAGCGGCACCGGGACCCUAUCCCAGAGCUACCAGUACGAGGUGUGUCUGACAGGAGGUUCCGGGGCAAAUGAGUUCAAAUUUCUGAAGCCGAUUAUCCCCAAUUUUCAAGUUCAUAACACUGCUGAACCUUCAGACUGGAGACCUGCAAGUAAAUGAGAAACUGAAUGAGGAAGAAUUGUGUGACCUCACUGAGCCUUGUGUGCUGCAG